AUGUCGACAUCAACACUUCCUUCAGCACUCUCAUUCCCUCCAGCGACCUUCGCAAAACUAUCGCCCGCCCCAUACCUCCUCGCUCACCUCGACCCGACUUCUUCUUCCGCCUCGCCCACACGACCCAGUGGUCGUUCUCCGCAACAAUGCCGUUCGCCCUCUGUCAACACUGGCUCUCUCACCCAUGCCAAUGGUAGUGCCGUCGUGAGGCUAGGAGACAGCGCCGUUGUUUGCGGUGUGCGCGCCGAAGUUCUACGCACAUCAGAUAUCCCCCAUCCCUACCGCGGCCCAGAGGACAGCAGACGCGAGAUUGAAGAGCUGGGCCUAUUGGUACCCAACAUCGAGCUCAGCACCGGCUGCUCACCAGGAUUUCUUCCAGGAAACGCACCCGGCACAUUGGCGCAAUCCCUGACGCAAAGACUGCUUUCACUGCUACAUCUGUCUAAGCUCAUUGAUGUCGAGGAUCUGAAGGUCAAAUACCAGCCGCCGGAGACUGAAGAUGACUUGCCCGACGUACCGCCACAGUUGCAGACCAAGGCAUAUUGGGUUCUCUACAUCGACCUGCUGGUCAUCAGUCUAGAUGGAAACCCCUUCGACGCUGCUUGGGGUGCUGUCCUGGCCGCUCUGUCUGAUACGAAACUGCCAAAGGCAUGGUGGGAUGCCGAUCGCGAAGGCGUCCUCUGCUCCGGUCAGCUCUCCGAUGCCAAGUCUCUCAGUCUCGGUAGCAUUCCUGCAUCUUUGACGUUCGCCAUAUUCACGACCGCUGCGCCCCAGAAAAAGCUGGAAGACUCAAAGAACUGGGUUCUGGCUGAUCCUGACGGUUUUGAGGAAGAGCUGUGCAAUGAGAGCAUCACGAUUGUGGCUACAGAAAAGUCAAUCCUCAGAAUUGAGAAGAGAGGCGGAGGAUUCGUGGGCAGAGAGGCCAUGAAAGAGCUCGUUGCUCACACCCAAACUAGACUUGACGACUGGAAGCAGGCCUUGACUUCAGAGCAUAGAUGA